AUUAGCGAAAAUAUUCACAUCAGCAUCUACGUCAUACAUUACAACGAAAAUUGAAAGGAGUUAAAUUCACCGGGUCAUCCAAUUGGUGUCUUGUAGGCAUGGUGAUUGGUUGAGCAGAAAUAUGGUUUGGGUUCCGCUAGCAUUCAUUUUAUAUAUAAUACCACCUUGUACUUACUUGCCAGUUUGCAUUAAGCGAUGAACUGGCAUAGUUUUAUGAAACAUUUACAUGCUAUUGUGUUAGCCCUCAUAUUGUGCAAAAUGCAUAAGUAUGAGGCAGCACCUGUUGGUCAAAACUAUGUUAUUAUAAUUGAUGCUGGAAGCAGUGGCUCACGAAUGUUUGUAUAUACUUGGCAGAGCAAGGCAGAGUCAAUUAGUGGGUUGGAAGACGUGGAAAUUUUGAAGAACAGUCAGGGGAAACCUGUAGUACAGAAGAGAACUCCUGGUCUUUCAAGUUUUGCUGAUAAACUGGAUGAAAUUCCUAAAUAUAUAUCAUCUUUGUUGGAUGUCGCUGUAGAAAAUAUUCCUACGAGUGCUCUGCCCAACACUCCUCUUUUCAUAAUGGCUACAGCGGGGAUGAGGCUUCUUUCUCCAACACAACAAGAUAUGAUUUGGCAAACUGUUCGGGAUCACGUUAAAUCUCAUUACCGUUUCGACUUCAAAUAUUCUGAUGCGUAUACGAUCUCUGGUACUGAAGAAGGUCUGUUUGGAUGGAUUUCUGUUAACUACUUGCUGGGGCGUUUUCGGCCGGUGUCUAAGACUAAGGAAAUCAUAAAACAACCCACUGAUGGUAUGCUUGAUAUGGGUGGUGCAAGUAUGCAGAUCGCCUUUGAGAUUGAAUCAACAGAGAAUCUGCCAAAAGAAUUGGUUUCAGAAUUUUCUGUUAGGGGAAAAUGGUUUUCUCCUGAACAGAAUUACAAAGUUUACGUAACAAGUUAUUUGGGGUAUGGAAUGAAUGCUCUUCGAAAACGUUAUGAGGAAUUUCUACUUUACUUGUAUAUUGGACGUCACGGUAUUCAAACGAAAAAGCUUGAAAUUGAGGAUCCAUGCCUACUCAGAGGUUUCAAUGUACAAAAUGAUCGUGUUCCACAUGCACCAGCUCUUAAUGUACCUCCAGAGCCAACUAAUGAAACGUUUACUGUUACAUAUAAAGGAACAGGAAAUAUGACACAAUGCUUAAAAAAUGUGGAACCGUUACUACUUUUAAAUAAUCAUUGUACACCGAUUCCAUGCGCAAUGAAUAAUGUUGUUCAACCACAAAUUGACUUCAAUUCACUUGAAUUUUAUGGUCUUAGUGAAUUUUUCUAUACUCUGGAAACACUGAAAAUGAUACCACCAGUUAAAUAUUCCUAUCACGAAGCAUUGUCGAAAGCUCAGGAGAUUUGUAAUACUAAUUGGGAUGCGUAUCAUGCGGAUUUGAGAAAAGAAAAGCCGGAUUUAUCAGAAGAAAAAUUCGAGUCUUUUGUGAGCUUCAAAAAAUUAAUAUGCUUUAAAGCAUCGUACUUAUUGAGUGCCUUGCAUAAAGGUUUACACUUUCCAGAGAAUUAUGAAAAGUUACAACCUGCUCAUGAAAUCAAUAGCACAGAAUUACAAUGGAGUCUAGGAGCCUUGUUAUACAAGUUGAAAACAAGUACACCAGAAGCUGAACAUAACCGAAAGAUUCUCUUAGCUUUUGUAAUCAUCAGUGGUGUCGUGUUCGGCUUAACCUUGCUCGGUGUAAUCCUCUACUUCAUAUUCAAGAAAAGAUGUUCACGUACACCAAAAUCGCUACAAGUAUCAAACCAACAAAUUGAUCCUGUCGAUACAACAAAUAUUCCAUCUACCGACGUCCAUUUAGCCAAUUCAAAAGAUACAAAUAAUACCAACAAUAAUAAGAUUAAUAAUAAUAAUACCGAUUUUCAUAAUAAUGAUACUCGAUAACUGUAAGUCAUGAGAAUGAGUGAUAUACUGUGUUUUAUCUAAAAAUAAAAAUUGACUGAUGAAAUCACUCAAUACACACCUGACAAGUAGAAUUCAAUCAGUAUAACACUUGAACAUUCUCCCACCCAUUCACCCUUCCUUUCUUCCACGAAUCCAUUCACACUGCCUAACACGUAUGCGUGAAGUUAUUCCAUGUGUAAGAUGUUGUUCUAUAAAAAUAUUCUGUUCAUGCUUUCCUUCCUACAUCUGUAUUCCUUUUACUCUAUUGAAAAGAGAACAAGACAGAGAACCAGAGAGAGACAGGAGAGACAACAAACUGUGAAUUCUUAUUAUUAUCCCACACUCAUUGUGUGUGUGUGUCUGACUUCAUCAAUUCUCACAUCAUGAAUUCAUACGUUUCUUUUGUUUUAUUUUAUUUCAGCGAUGAGCGCCAAAUUCAAAAAUACUCCCUAACAAAUUUAUAUAAAUAUAUACGAUCCCUCAUUUGGUCGAAACACAUUAAAAACACAUUAAGAUUUUAUUUUGUUUAAAUAAUAUAAUGCACAUACACAUACAGAGAAGUUAACCUACCUUGAAUUCCUUUCAUUUAACACCUUGUCCUGUCCAUUUAUAUAUGAGCAGCAGUAUUAUUAUUAUUAUGACUACUGCUAUUCAAUUUUAUGCUUAUAUGUGUUAUAAAUGAAUGAAGAGUUAUCGUGUUAUCAGUGAUCUAACCUCAGUUGUAUGUGUCUAACUCUUUUCUGUAUUGUCGUGGUUAACCCUUUUCACACGUGAAUGAAGAGAAUACUCGUUUUGUUUAAUAUACAUAUAUUUGCAUAUAAAUAAAAAUAAUGCUGAUGGUGACUGUUCAGUUGACUUCUAUACUUGUAGUCAGUGAGUCAGUGAGUCUUGGUAGCCAACCAAGCCUUUUUGUACAAACAGAUAUGCUGAGAUGUGUAAACUACAAUAAAGCAAUAUUUAAUAUGCA